AUGGGGCAUGAGGCUGUGCAGACUGUUAUCGUGCGACUCACAUGCAUAAAGACACAUGUGCACACACAACUGCAAAUGCUGGAAGUUUUGCUAAAAGGAGGAGGUGCGUGGCGCUAUGGGCGGAAGGAGGCUUCGCUGCAAAGACCUGUCAGUGAUCAAGGGAGUUUGUGGCUGAAGCGGCAGGACACGGCGCGCUCGCCUGCCUUCAGCGCUGUGCCCCACCUUUUGAGUUUCCUUUUGCAUCGCAUCCUGGCGAUCCUUCCUCGCACUCUCGCCACCCACGCAGUUAACUGCAUCCGUACGAGGGAGGACGCGUGGGAGGACCUCUGA